UCUUGUCUUUCCCGUUAUUAACGGCAAUUUUAUCAUCGAGAAAACUUUAUAUAUGACUGACCUGUCGCACUGGACUUCCUCUUCUGCAUCAACACAGACAUCUUGUCCAGUAACACCACCUGACUCUGCUCUCCUUUUCUUCAGAGAGCAUCGAUACCAAGCACACAAAUACAUCUUCCCUUACAAAAAAAACCAUGGACGCUCCCAACAACACUUCUCAAUCUCAGGACCCCCAAGUCGAUGUCCCUAAGGAGAACAGUCCUCCUCCAGCCUACACAUCACGAAGAGUUCCUGUCACUGAUUUCACUGCCAUGAUGGCCAGAAUCAUUCAAGAGAGGCGUGAUGCUCUCUCUAACAUGGGUGGAAAUAACCCACGCCCUCAGCCCCAACAAACCACCUGCACUUCCCUGCUUUCUGAUACUGUGGAUGAUGACCAAGACGAGACAUCCGAGGGAAGCUCACCCAUCAGCCUCAAAAUUGACACAUCUGUCAAUGUGUCACGAAACAACAACAUCGUGUGCCUGACGGUCACUCCUGCGGAACAGGCCAAUGCCAUCGCCAAAGCCGUCGUGCAAGCUUUACACGAGGGAAGCUCUGGCCGUUGCGGCAUUCCGAUGAUUGACGAGUCCGGCUGCCCUCGACCCUUGAGUAUCCAGGUCGAUGCGGGCUUGAAUGUUGAGGGAACAGGUAAUGUCAUUGGAAGUCGAGAUGUUAUUGGAGGUCUCAUCCAGAAACGUGCUGGAUCUUCACUUCGACUUGACCUGGAUGAUGAGGAAGACAUGGCCCCUACUAAGAGACAGCGAACAAGUCAUUGAAUGGAGAAUACCAUGUCACAUCUCUGGAAAGGGCUGAAUUCGGAGGUUGUUGGGUAAUCACGGGAAAAUAUUUCCAACGAACCUGGUGAAGGUGCAUUUAAGUGUUCCUUGAGGUCUGUUUUACUUAGACUUCUCUCGUGGGACGUUGAAUUGAGAACAGCAAUGCUGAGAAGGAGAUUAACGGCUUUUUUAUGAUUAGAGAUGAAAGGCAUGGGGCUUAGGAGUUUAUUCAUUCUUUUCUUUCUUCCUUGGCCAGCCGGAACUUGAAGGUUGGUGAUAU